ACAAACAGUAAAUCAGAAACAAACUAAACUAGGAACCAUCUAGCUCCAACUCCAGUCUCCAUAGUUAGCGAUUUCCCAAUCCCAUUGGUGAUCAACUGUGGUUAACUGACUUCCCAUUUCGAUCGUGUGGCAGCGCUGGAAUCAGGUAUAGAAGAAAUAACUUCCCAAUUUGCUCUCUUCAGUCUUUACUGUGUUCUCUCUCUCAUCGGAAAAUCCCAAGUUCUCUCAGUUGCACGGAGCCAAUUCCAAUCAUCAUCUUGGUCCUGGAUAUACAUGCACUCAGUUGAAUGUGCAGGAAAAUGAGUAGACCACGAAAACGUUUUGAUUUGAAUGUUAGUGGAGGUGAUAAAAGUGAAGUCAAUAGUAGUGAACAAGAUGAUAGUCAAGAUGAGGAUUUUAAUGAAGUUUUAGAAUGCGAUAAAGGUGAUGACGAUCUUGUGCAGACAGUGCAGCCGCAGAUGAGUACAACUACAAAACGGAAGAGGGGACGACCGAAGGGUGCGAAGAACAAAGAUAGACCACGAAAAUAUUUUAAUUUGAAUGUUAGUGGAGGUGUUGAAAGUGAAGUAAAUAGUAGUGAACAAGAUAACAGUCAAGAUGAGGAUUUUAAUGAAGUGUUAGAAUGCAACAAAGGUGAUGACGAUCUUGUGUAGCCGCAGAUGAGUACAACUACAAAACGAAAGAGAGGACGACCGAAGGGUGCGAAGAACAAAGAUAAGACGAAUGCUACAACUAUAAGUGGGAAAGUGAUCCUACAGGCGCGAGUAUUCAAGGUUGUGUGUAAAUGUAGAACAACGAUUAUACCGUACUAAACAUGUAUUUUAUAUGUGUUGUAGGAUAAUACUUUCACCAAGGGUGGUGAAGUCAAAGAAGCUCGUGCGGUGUUGAAAAUGCAGCACGAGAAAUACAAUGGACGGGCCGGCUACAAUCAAUUGUAAGGUAGAAGCAUAUGGAAGGAUGCUAUACAAGUUUGAUAAUCGGAGGAGAUAGUGGGUUCAAGAAAUGGGUUUUGGUGGGCUAUAUAACUUGGUGGGCCUCCAAUUGCCCAGGAGCUUUGUUUAUUGGCUUAUGACUAGGGUAGACCCCUUAAGCGAGGUAUUCUCAGCCCCGGAUGGAUUAGAAAUACCCAUGUCCAAAACACAAGUUCGUUGGAUUUUUGGAAUUCCGCAUGGUAAGAAGGUUAUCCCAACGUCUGGAUCUUCGGCUGAUGAAGACAUGAAAACCCUCGUGGAGGAUUUACUAUCUAAAUACGGGCAGAUAUGGGAGAGUAAUCACCCUAAUAGUGCUCGUCCUGCUAUUAUCACUGACGGUAUUCCAGUUAAUCCAAGGUUCCUUAAAAGACUUGAGGGUUAUUGGGAAGAGAACGAGGAGGAGGAAUUUAAGACGAUGUUUCUGAUUGCUACAUUACAAAUGGUCUUAUGUCCAACACAAUGUGCAAGGUUAAGUUCGGGGUUAUUAUAUGUGUGCACACUUGGCAAGAAGGCUCGGGAAUAUGACUGGUGCAAGCUUGUGUAUGAUUUUUUUAUGGAAAAGGUGAAAGUUUUCUGUAGGGAUUUCUAUACAUUUGGUUGGGUCAAAGGAAUAGGGGGAUGCAGCCUGUAUUUAGUGAUAUUUUAUCUCGGUCGACUAAAAAGAAGACCAGUGCAAUGGGGUUUGUGCCCAAGGUCAAAGGCAUGGAAUAUGGAGGAGAUAAAAAAAGCCAAGUCUGCAGACCGAUUUCCUGGAGCAACAGGAGACUACGGAUACAUUGGGUGUAUUGAUGUUGCGUAUGGUGAUAACCAACAUCCAAAGGCUCCUAGAGUCCUAGGGACAUCGACCCUCUUAGUGAUGAAGAGAUGACACAUGUUCCUAAAAAGGGUAAGGACAGAGUCAAAGUAAAACCGAGGAAGGAAGCAGCAUUGUGGAAGGGAAACAAACUGAGGAAUGAAUCAAGGGCCUUUGCCUUUGGAGGCUUCUUCCGACCUUGCCUCUGUUUAGUUAAAAUAGUUAAUAACUUAAUACUACCUCCGUUUCAUAACACUUGCAUCAUUUAUGUUUUCAUGUAUUACAACAUGUUUCUUAGACAUUAAUAUAUCUUGCAUAUAAGUAAAAAUUAUGAAAAACUUGAUAUUUGGAAUCCUCGAA